AUGGUACUAGAAGUUGUUCGAAAUCUUUUAGACGAGGAUAUCAACUGCGCCUCAAGGCGUAAAAGUUUGAUAAUAGUUUUAGGCUAUGACGCAAGAUCCAAGCUUGAGUCUCUCAAGAAUUAUAAAGAUGAACCGCUAACUGUGAAUAGUAUACUUAGAAGUAGGCGAGACGUACAUGUGCUAUUUUUAAACAGUCUACAAUAUAUAUUCAUGUACCUGAUCAAAUUGGAGGUGCAGCCUGACUCCCAUACACAUCUGGUGAUAUACGGUCUCGAUUCAUUGAUUAAUGAAAUGUGCCAAGAGGAUAGCUUAGAUUUAAACCAAGUGCGAGCAGCUAAUCUGAUAUUCCAAACAGCUUACCGAGUAUCACGCCAAAAUCAACUACAAGAGGUACUAUUCAUAGCAUAUGAUCAAAAAAAAUGGGAUAAACUAGAGCCACUAAGGAAGUAUUGGCAGGAAGUUUGCUAA